CCGGGAAUCUGUGGCCCUACAGCGCGUGGAUCUUCAUGGUUGAAGAGUGUGUGACGCUGCAGUGAGACCGGAACUUGGAUUUUUGGGGUUCCUGCAGCCUCAGGCUCUUGGAAGAUACGUCAAAUCCAAUCCGAUUUUUCUGGGUGGAUCCGAGAAUGGGGGUUGGUCAAGGCAGAGCUGAGACGCAUUCCUCUGAAUGCUGCCUCUGCGUCGGGUUGACCCCUUUUGUGACGACGUGCAGCGGCUGCCCCCCGAUCGCCUUACCAGUCCUCUAUUUGCUUAUUGACCAGGAUGGCGGUAUACUAAGUUUUUGACGGAACACAGGCCGACUCCCUAGCCAGCCUGG